GUGACAAGUUAGGAGGCGACCCGUGUCUACUCGUUCAUCUGCUGUUCCUAUGCCUGUUGCGGAAAUCUCCUCGAGUUUGCCGAGGCGCGAAUCCGCUUAAAUUUCCCGCCAAAAAUGCUCAUCCUCCCCCUCCCCCGCCCCCGGCAGGCAGUAGGGAAGCAGCUGAUCUCAUGUACUUGUCCGCCACACCCAUGACAUGUCUACAGGUACCCAGCAGCAACGGCGGCGGCAGCGGCGGCGACGGCGCAAACAGCGGUGGCAGCGGCAGCAGCAGAAGGAGGGGCAGGAGCAGCAGUGGCAGCAGCGGCGGUGGCGGCGCCCUCUCGCCUGCCCAGGCAGAUGCCAUGAAGUCUCUCGAGCACAACGCGGCGUGGUUUCUGCGCGUCGAGGACAGGGAGGUCACCCCGGCGGAGAAGCAGGAGGCCCGCCGCCUGUUGGAGAACCCCCGGGAGCUGCACGGUCUCCGGAACGAGGCCCUGGACGACCCCCGAGUCUACCGGGGCACCAGAUCGGCGGAGGACCUCGACCGCCACCAGCUCCGCAACCUGGUCGGCGCCGCCCUCCUACCGGAGAACGGCCUCUCCAAAAUCCUAGGGUUCUUCCGCGGCGACCUGCGGGCGCUAGAGAUCGCGUGCAAGGAGGCGGAGCUGCAGGGGCCGGUGAGGUUGAGCAAGUUCCUCGGCGAGCGGGGGGUCGACGUGCCGGUAAAUCUCAACCACCCUGCGUUCGCCGGCGACCCGGCUGCUUGGACACGCCCCAUCCUCCUCAAGCAGGGCAUGUGUCUUCAGUACCAGAAGCGCGCCUUUUACCACGAGAGCCCCACCACCACCACCGGGAAGGCGUCCGCAGCGGCCAGCAAGGUCUCGUCCUUCCAGGGUGGGCCGGCCGGACACGGGAACCGACUGGGGGCAUCCUGUGUGAAGGUGGAGGCGGACCGAGCCGGGUCCUCCGCGUCCGCGAUCCCCCACUGCGCUGCGCUGUCACAGUUACGUCCCGAGCUCCGCAAAGUAGCCGGAGUGGUCGAGCGAUCGUUUGCCCGUAGCUUUCUCCGCCACUUCACCGCGACUCCUGGUGUCGGGGUGUUUAGGGGUGGGGACAUCACCCAGGCCGGGUGCGGGAGAGACACCGUCCGGGAGCUGGCGUCGGUCGGGGGGCGGAAGGCGUUCGUAUACUGGGGGCGCCACCAGAGCAGGACUAUCGGCGACCCCGACGCUCUGGAGAGCGCCGCGCGGGGGGAUCUGGAGCUGUACAAAGCGUGUACCAACGGGGAGGCGGUCACCGACGCGCACGUCGGCGAGAUGAUGCUGGACAUCUUGAUGGAAGCCAUCGAGAUCCACGCCGGGGCCAACGGCGGGCCGACGGACGACGACAUCCGGCGUAGCGACGAGCUCGAGGAGGCGCGCGACCAGGGGCUUCCCCGCAUCCACGAGGAUGCGGGGCGCGUAGGGAAGGAGCUGCGGGGCAAACACGUCCGAACCAGAGAGGACUGCCGCGCUGGAGGCAACCCAAGGGAGGCUUCGAUCAAGAAGCGGAGGAGGGAUCCCCAGAAGUUCAAGGACGACUGCGCGGCCGGCGCAUUGCUUUGUGUUGGCGCCAACCUUUGCGAGAUCGCCAUCCGGCCCACCUUCCCCUCCCCCCUCCGCCCCGAGGUUGAAAGAUGGGCAGAGAUCGCUCGCGACUCGGUGGCUGAUGAUCGCUCUCGUUUCUCCAUGCAUCCAAACCCGCAGGCAACGCAAGCUGGACCGGCCGCUCGAAGGGGCUCAACGAGGAGGGGGCCAAGGCAGCCUUGGUGGAGGCGGAGAAGGCCCGUGCCGCGGCGCCAGAAGAGGAGGCGGAGAAGGCGGGUCAAGUCGUGGCAGCUGCCACCAAAAGGGUGCAGCUGGCGAAGACCGCCAAGAAGCGCCGGAGUGACGGCGGGAGGGAGGCAUGGAGACGUACGGCACCGAAAGAAGAAGGGCCGUGGCGGGGAGAAUGCCCACGAGCGGGGCGGUCUGGGCAAGAAGGCAGACGUGACCCUGGCAAUGGUCACUCGGGUGGGCAAAGUCACCCCGGAGCAAGCGGGCUUCCACGACGUCCGGUGUACUUUCGUCGACCCGAUCACGGGGGUGAGGUGCGGCAGGAUCACGCCGUGGAACAAGAAAGCAGUCAAGGACCUUCGGCCCAGCGGCAAGGGUGAGUGGAUUGCCGUAGUCGGUACCCACCAGCCCAGGGAGAACGGGGUGCGGCUGCACAGCUCUUCCUGCGCGCCGUGGCGGAAGACCGGGAAGGCGGUCGACGACGGGGAGUGCCUGAUCGGAGCGGAGGGGGUCAAGUACCUGAUGGCCAAACAAGCUUCUGUCAUCGUGUCCCGCCACCAGACCGCCUACAAAGAGUUUUUGGCGAGCGCGACGUAGACGAGCGGGAGGCGACGAGUCGGCGUAUACCGAUUUUUUUGCAUAUUGACGGGCUCUGGUGUCUCGCAGCUGGCUGGCUGGCGGUUUAUCCUUGGGGUGGACACCCAGAUGGCGUCUCUUCGCUUAUAGAGUGUGACGUCACGUGUGUAUGUCCUGGGUGUGGUCCGCAGUGGAGUUCGAAGCAGAUACCCGCCGGGCUCGUCAUGUGCGUAAAAAAACGAGGAAAAUCGCACCCGGCCAACUAGAGCAGAACCGCUCCCACCCAUGGAGGGCGUUCCCGCGGUUCCUGCGUGCCCUCGUGCGUGCCUUGUCGUCGUGCUAUGCGUAUUCGUCUUGUUUGUUCCCUGUAUCAUCUCGUUGUGUCGCUAGCCUUGUCCACUCGCGGGGGAUCGUUGUCUCGACACGAUUUCCAAUUUCAUAGGGGAAGGGAGCGAAGUUCAUGCGCGUCGAACUGGUGGGCGGGUUCGGUUCAGACAAAAAAAAAUAGCAGUGUAAAAAAGUUGGAUUUCUUCAGGACAUCGUCUCGCCGGUGGUUUGAUUGUGUUGUGGCCUUAUCAGGGUUGUCCCCUGCAUAUGGCCCUUUUGCUCUUGCCCAGUCGGAGGUUGCAUUUGUUUGGAUGUGUUUGCGACGUUACGAGUCGGUUGGAGUACACGCGAAGAGAACACACAGGUGCUCAACGGGCAUGCGAGCAGGAGAGCGCUGGAUGCAACCCGCUGGACGGAGGUUGGGGUUGGGGGGAUAUAAUCAACGUCUAG